AUGGGGGAAAGAGGACUAGAGAAGGUGGUCACCGUCACUGUGUCUUAUCCUACCCAUUCCGCGACGCCGAGCUCCGCAACGGAGCAUUUCGGCAAAAUUCCGUCUCACGGGUCACGCGCCUCUCUUUUGGGCGCAUCUUUCGAUCCUUCUUUUCGACGAGGCCCGGAGGGAUUUCGCGCCCGGGAAGGUUAUCCCAUUGCCACGCCAAACCAGCCUAAGCGCAAAAUAUACAUCCCCAAUACACAAUGGACAUGGGCCUUUGCCAUCAUCACGCUAGUGCAAACUGUUAUCACCCUCGGUCUGGAAUGUUACAUCUUCGUCAACUUCCAAGUCCAAGAAAUCAGCAACACUAGCCCGUCCUCCAAGAUUAUCCCAACUUUCUUGGCCCUUUACAGUUUUGGUUUUCUCUAUGAGCUCGUGCUGGUCUACGAUGCUCUCCGCAUGAAGAAUACCAUUCAAAUUAUUGGGUUGUGCAUGUGCAACAUUGGUCUCCUCAUCUAUGGUGCUGUUCAGGUCAACCAAAUCCAUGCAGGUGUGAAGAACUUGAAUGACAACGGGAAAAUCAGCUUGGUGGUGUGGGCUGAAUCUCAGCCCUUUCUGAUCAUCAUUCCAUGCAUUGUGGCUCUGGGGUCGGUGCUCAUGGUCUUUGUGGCAUGGAAGCUUUAUGAUGAGUUUGCAUGGACGAUCUACAAGCACAUCAGUGCAGAUCUUCGGAUGAAGCGCCGCUACCUCACCUACCAGAUCUAUAUUGCCCUGCUAAAGUUUGAUUUCUUCUUCUUUCUGGGCUUUACUGUUCAAUUCUUGGUUGUUUUCUCAACCAAAUUGGACGCCGAGUUCGCCCUCACUGUGGCUGCCGUCCCAGUGACCAUUCUCAUUCUGGCAUGCGCUGCAUUAUUUGUCCGACGUGAAUUUCUCCUGGGCAUGAUUGCCAUUAUUCUACUCUUCUUCGCAGCCAUGGCGUACUUCUGCUUCAAGCUUUUCCGAAUCUAUGCCCCUGCCACCCGACCUGACUACCUCCCUGCCCAGACCUCGAUGACCUUCUUCGCCAUCAUUACCCUUAUUCUGAUUGUGAUCACCAUCAUCAAUGCCUGCAUGUGUAUGCACAACUUCAACCGGGGGUUAAAACCACACAUCAACAAGAAAAAAACCCCCGAAGAAGAAAAAACAACUGAGCUUUCGUCCAAUAUUGGCAGCCAAGUCCCCUCACGGAUGAUGAUCGACUGA